AUGUUUGUGUUUCCCCAGGGACUACAUGGACCGGCUGCUGGAUGAGAGUGAGAGCCAGUCCUCCUCCCGAGCCUCCAGCCCAAACUUCAGCUCCAGCCUGAAGCACAAACAUCUGAUCAGCAGCAUGGGCUCCAGCAGCUCGGGUUACAUCCCCUCACUCGCCGACUUUAACACAGGCACUCCAACAAUCCCUGUCAUCGACCCCAACCUAGCGACCUCCAGUGCAGGUGGAUUUGACCUUGACGGCCUGGGAAUCCAGGCUCUCAGCUCCCUGCUUAACAACGACCUUGGGGGAAAUGACCUUCUGGACGGACAGCCACUGAAGAAGUUCAAGUCCGACCCGGAGGCAAGCGGGGGUUUGCACAGCUCUCGUGCUAACCACAUAUUUGAUGGUGGGGAGGGGGGCGGUAAGCAAGGUCACGAGGUGACCUUCACAGGGAUCGGCACGGCUGCCAUGGCGACCAUCUCGUCGGGCGGGCUGCACACGGAGAGCCUGCUGAUGACGAGUGCUCUGCGGCCGGGCGCGGCCAGCGUGGAGUCCUGCAGUCAGUAAUGUUAGCUGGGGGGGAGGGGGGCAACACGUUACCUCGCGGGCAGCCGAGAUGUACAUAUGUGAAUAACGGCUUCCCAGUCAAGUGUUACAGGAGGGAGGACAAAAGGCCAGGAUCCAACGCUUCAAAUAUUCACAUACUCAUGGAACCAACGCUUCAAACAUCCAUACACUCUUUUUUUGAAAUUUUGGGCUCCGCUAAGUUCUCAGAAAACAGCUGAACUUUCCAAAUUCUCAUCUGUAGGUUUGUGCAAUCAUGACUCUUGCCACGUAUUUUGCUACACUGUUUGCUAAAACUGGUAACAUGAAGUGACAAAAUGUAGGUACAACUGGCAACAUGCAGAAAGUUCACCUGUAUGACAUGGCAAGGAAAACUUUGGAGAAUUUGCAGAAAAUAUGCUGUUAUACAAGGGCACAGCCUCCAGUACCCGUAGCCUGUUCUCAAGUUUCAUUUUUCUUCUAAAGCUGUUUUCAAAACAACUUAGUUGUCCUUUUUCUAAAACCUAAGCUUUUGGUAUUUAAAGACCUGUCCUUUCACAGAUUAUGGAAUUACUUUAGAAAUUCGGUAAUUGUUGAAUGGAAACAAAACCUUUCUGCCCAUGAGCGGAGCUGUGAAGCCAUCGUUCUGGCAUAAUUCUGUGCUUUGUUCUGGAGUGGGAGGGUAGUCUGACUGUUACCCACCAACCUGCAAGGAAAUGUUCUGGCCAAGGUAAAUUAAACUUACAUGCAAAAAUAAUGAAGAAACAAAUUAAUUUGUGUGUAGAUGGGAUAAGAUGCAUGAAGGGAUUCAGAUUUCUUUAAGUGUUUAUGUCUACAAUUGUUUUGUAUUUCAUAUUUUGUACUAGUUUGCCAGCAUAUUGUUGACUGCAUAUACUUGUGUUUCUGCAAUGGGCUUUAGCUGGUCCUCCCUAGGUUUUAGCACAUGUACAAGGAUGUGAAUUGUAGGAAGCUAGGCUGUUUUUUUCACCUAAACUUGUUUCUGUGACAGGAAUUUGUUAUUUAAAAUGAAGCAGAUGAAAAUUAUGGAAAAUAUGCAAAAAGAGAAGACCUUUAUUUUAGUAACUGUACAUAGAUGAGAAUGUGGAAGAGGUCUGAUGGAGGAAACCAAAAAUCUGAUGUGUACAUUUUACUGUAGCUCCUGUAGAGACUAGUCUGCAGUUUCUUACUGAAACAUCACUACAAUGUAGUUGUAAAUGCUGAUGGUGCUGAUCAUGAACUUAUGCCAAGGUAGAUACUUGUGUGAAACCACCAACCAAGGACAGGUUAAAGGUCAACUAAGGGCAGGUAAAGGUGAACUAAGGACAGGUUAAAGGUGAACUAAGGACAGCUUAAAGGUGAACUAAGGACAGGUUAAAGGUGAACUAAGGACAGGUUAAAGGUGACCUAAGGACCAAGUGUGCAGAACCCAAGAAGUAAAGUACCACACACUGUGGAGAAGGCUUGUACUGUUCAUAUUUUACGCAACAGUUUCCACACCUCACCCACUGGGGUGCUGGGACCAACUUCCGUUCUGGAGGUGCUAAAAUUGUAUGUGAAGUAAAGCUAAAAGUGCCUACUGACUGUAAGAAAUGGUAACUUCCACUGACUGUAAGAAAUGGUAACUUCCAAGUGAAUGCUAUGAGGAUUCAUAUGGCAGGAAAGUACCCAGAUGUUCACCUGGCCGUGAUACUUCAGCACACCUGUCUGAUGUUCACCUGGCCGUGAUACUUCAGCACACCUGUCUGAUGUUCACCUGGCCGUGAUACUUCAGCACACCUGUCUGAUGUUCACCUUUACCUGCCCUGAACCAGGUUAGACAGCAGCACUGAUGCGUCUGGUUUGGUCACGAUAACCUGUCCGCUAGGCGUAGCCAAGUCUCAUAAUGAAAUGGUACUUUGUGCAAAA